ACGAAAUCAGAUUAGGCAAGCUUUCUCAUAUCCUCUUAUCAUUUGACAGACUCAAAUUAUUUCUUGAUCAACGGAUUGGGAUUAGUUUGAUCAAGGUUCCAUUUUUUCGACAAUGAUUCGGAAACGAUAUCAGGAAACCAAAACAGGUUACGAGUGGUUGAAAUCGAUAGAUGCGGACAAGUAUUUGAAGAAGAUAGGAUUAGGCAAAGAAGACCAUUACUUUUGGAAACAAGUUGGGAAGGCAUUGCUAUGCACGUACACGCUCUUCGGCGUUGCCUGGCUUUACAACGAAACAUCCCCGCUGGGUUGGUGGACGUUGAAGCCUAGGCCAAAGGAAGAAAGAGAGCUAGCCCAUUUAUAUGAGCGGAGAGAGUUUCCUUAUCCUGGUGAUGCUGAGGCAAUGGAAGAAUUUGUUGCUAAGGGAGGCAUGAUUGGAACUACAAUUGGCCCAAAAGGGAUCAUUGAAACGGAUAAAGAUUCGUUUAAUUAUCAGAAGGAGAUGCAGAAGAAGAAGUUUGAGCAGGAAGCAAUGAAGCUGUGGCUCCGGAUGAGGAAUGAGGUUAUUUCGGAGCUUCAGGAGAAAGGGUAUGAUGUUGAGUGAGUUCUUUCUGCUAUAGUAUUUAAGUUGUUAAGUGUUUUGCUUAGUGAAUAUUUGGGGUUUUUCCAUGGAUUUCUUUGUAUCUUGUUUGAAGAUUGACUUUCCUGGAUCAUCUAAGUUGUCUUUAUUUAUC